AUGAGUAAUACGGCAGGAAGACUUGCCAAAAUUGGAGGAGAAUUAUCUACCAAAUUGGUGAAACCUGUUGUUUCUUCAACUAAAGAAGAGGCACGUAAAAGUGUUUUGAAAGUUUAUAAAGAUCUUCAAAGAAUUGCUCCAAAAUUUUGGUAUGAAUAUGAACUUCAAGAAAUGCCUCUUUCAGUUUUUCGUGAAAUUCUCAAGAAACAAUUUUUAAAAAAUAAAAAUAUUCAAGAUGUUAGAAUCAUUGAUCGUAAAGUUGCUGAAUGUAGAAAUGAUUUACUAAGUAUCAAAUAUUACUUUUACAAUCCAGAUCAUGUUAGAAAUAUGCUUUUCCGUGAAAACUUAGAUGCAAAACCAGCUGAUUUCUUGUCAAAAUUUUUGUCAGGAAAAAAUUGA